CCUUUCACGCCGUGACAUAAACACAGCUUGGGUUGUGGGGGAGACGGGCUGCUUCUGUCACAUGAGUCGGAGGAGAAAGGGAGUCUGGAAAAUAGAAAUAUGUAUUUUGACAGCUAGCUGGAGGGCUAGCUCGGCCAGGUAAGGUCGUCUAAAGCCGGAAGGCGUCACUUCACAGUGUCAACAAUAUGCCGGCUGAAGAAUUUUAAAUACCCAGAACACAUUGGAGCCUUUGGAAUACAUUUUUCUCUGUGGGAUUUAUAGUGGCCAACAGCUCAAAGUGCAUCCAGUGUACAACUUUUAAGUGUCAACAAUACGCCGUCUGAAGGAUUUUAAAUACCCAGAAACCAUCGGAGCCUUUGGAAUACAUUUUUUCUUUUGACAUCUGGCUGUUUUUGUGGGAUAUUUUUCGCCAACGGGGCGGGGCACGCUCACGAUGCUGAUACCCAGCAACCCAGGGUUGAGGUGUUGACUUGCUUGACUAUGAAGCUCCCAGGAAAGUGACCUCUGUGGAGCCUGCAGCCCAAGGGUGCCAGUCGCCAGGCACGAUGGCAUCCAGUGAGAGACUGUACGAAGUCUGGAUGCUCUACUGCAACAAGAGGGACCCAGACUACUUGAAGCUAUGGUUGGAGAGUUUCAUCAGCUCCUAUGACCGAUGCCUAGAUGUGGACUUUGAAAAGCUGCCAUCAAGGCCAGAGGAGCCUCCACCAGUAUUGAGCCUCCUCCCAGACAACAUCCUGCAGGUUUUGCGCCACCAGCUGCUGCAGUGCGUCCAAAAAGCCUCUGACGGCUUGGAGCCCGAGCAGCAAAACCUGGCCCUGCUGCUGCUCAAGUUCCUCAUCAUUGUGUGCAGGAACCUUUCCAAUGUGGAGGAGAUCGGCACCUGCUCCUACAUCAACCACAUCAUUGCCAUGACGACACUUUAUAUACAGCAGCUGAAGAGUAAGACCAAAGAGAAGGAGUUGGUGGACCAGAGCCAGGCGGAGGAGUUUGUCCGUCAUGCAUUGGCGUUCUGCGAGAGCCUCUACGACCCUUAUUGCAACUGGAGGCUCCGACUCUGCGGGGAACAGCUGGGCACUGUGGAGAGGAGCAGGCAGAAGUACAAAGCAGCUCCGCUCACUGUGGAAUUUGUCCCCUUCUUUUACCAGUGUUUUCAAGAGAGCGAGCAUCUGAAGGAAAGCCUAAAAUGCUGUCUGCUGCACCUUUUUGGGGCCAUAGUAGCUGGUGACCAGAAGAACGCUCUACUUGCCAUCUCUCCAGCCACCAUGGAGGUUUUGGUGCGUGUGCUGGUGGACUGCUCCAUGGGCGGCUGCUCCUCCGAUCAGGGCGAAGACUGGGACAGUGAGGCCCCUGAUCGGAAGGCCUGUCUCACUUUGGGUUGUUUGCGGGUGGUGGUGCAGUGCCUCCUGGCCGCUAGUUCUGACCAGCGGCAAGUUGAAAUAGCCUCUGUGCUAGAAAACUACUUCAAGCUGCUCAACUCAGACCCGGCAGCUGUGGUUGCCGCCCGACAACAGCAACAGCAGCAGCAGCAACAGCAGCAACAGCAACAGCAGCAGCAGCAGCAGCAGCAAGCCAAAGUGCGAGUGCCAACACUGGGUCGACACUGGGAGAGCCGCUUUGUGGCUCUGCAAGUGCACAUGCUAGACACAAUAAGGGACAUGUUCCUGUGUUCAGACAGACCAGUUCUACAAGCCAUCUUUCUCAACAGCAAUUGCUUUGAGCAUCUGACACGGCUGCUGCAAAACAGCAAGCUGGUUAACGCUAGGUGCACGGCGGCAGACAAGGACCAGAAAGAUAUAACCAACAACAGGUUACUGACAGGAGAGAGAGACACUCAGGUGUUUCAAGGACGAUUAGACUCCCUUGCUGUAGCAACUAUAAGGGCCCUGACAACAGUGAUGCAUAAAUCACCUGCAGCAAAGGAGGUGUUCAAAGAGAGGAUUGGGUACAAUCACUUGUACGAAGUCCUCGUCUCGCUCGGCCACCCGUCUCGACACCUCCUGAAGGAGCUGAUGAACAUGGCGGUAGAGGGUGAGCACACAUCAGUGGGCCUCUUGGGAAUCAGCAACGUGGAGCCCUUGCUGCUGCUGGUCCAGUGGCUACCAGAACUAGACUCAUCCGAGUUACAGAAUUUCGCUGCCGACUGGCUCUGCCGCCUCAGCUGCCUGAACCGUCAGACACGUGCUACCUGUGUCAACGCCACCAUGGUCAUGCGUGCCCUGGCGGUCCUGGAGUGCCACGAGCGGCUCCACAGAGCUUGUGCAGAGAGCCUUUUGGGACUGGUGGGCUCGCUUGGCUCCCAGUCGUUGAGCGCCAGGGAUCUCUUUGAGCUGCUGCACCUGCUCAGGCCUUCAGAGGCAAGCCGAGCACACCCCUACGUCGGUCCGGCCCUUAAGGCUCUCCUCGCCAUGGUGCGCAAGCAGGGUCUGGAAAGUGCCAUGCAGUACUUCGACCUGUCGCCAAGCAUGGCCGGCAUCGCGGUUCCAAUACUGCACCGCUGGCCAGGCUCUGCCUUCAGCUUCUUGGCCUGGUUGUCUCUAGACCAGGAUCAGUUGGGUCCACUUAGCAAAGGCAAGAGGAAACAGCUCUACAGUUUCUUUACGUCAAGUGGCACAGGCUUUGAGGCCUUCAUUAGUGCUGCGGGUGUGCUGGUGGUGGCUGUCUGCACGAAGAAGGAAUACGUCACAGUCAUGCUGCCCGACAACUGCUUCUGCGACUCUCUCUGGCACAGCAUUGGUGUGGUGCACAUACCAGGGAAGAGGCCGUUUGGGCAGAGUCUGGUCUACAUUUAUGUGGACGGACAGCAAAAGCUUUCUGCCCCACUUAAGUAUCCCACAAUGACCGAGCCCUUUACAUCCUGUUGCAUCGGCUCAGCGGGCCACCGGACCACUACUCCUCCACCGUCUCAGAUCCCGGACCCCCCCUUCUCGUCCGCCACCACACCCACAACGCGGUCCUCGCUGGGCGGCAUCCUUUCGCCUCAAGCGUGGGGAGGACUACUGAGCGGAAAGCCUGAGUCUGUGACGAAGCUCAUCUCAGCGGGGACCCAGGACAGCGAGUGGGGCAGCCCCACAUCGCUUCAGGGUCAGCUCGGGAGCGUGAUGGUGUUCCACGAGGCGCUGCAGUCCGGCCACGUCAAAGCCAUCUGUAGUGCUGGUCCAAACUGUAUCUCCCCAUUAAAAGUCCAGGAAGCAGAGCUUGGCGACUUUUCAAGCAAACUGCUGCUGCACUAUUCACCAAAGGCUUGUCAAAAUCCGAUCUGUCUCGAUCUGUCCCCCAAUAAGCUGCAUGGGCGCCUGACUGGGAAGAAAGUUGUUAACUGGGACAUCAAGGAUAUGAUCAAUUGUGUAGGCGGCUUGCCUGUGGUCUUCCCGAUACUGGAGCAGUUGGCCUAUGUGGCCCCCGAUCAACAGGCCAGUGACGCGUCAACGGGAUCAGACUUCAUCACCCCAGAUGUGACCACUCCUGCUGACGGCGAGUGGGUCAUUCUCCCGUCUAACAGGGCUUCAGAAGCGCGCCUCGAGAAGAAUCUGGUGGCCACCUUCUUGUUGCUGCUGAAGCAUUUUCUGCAGAGGCAUGCAAUAAACCAGGAAAAUCUUCUGUACUCGCAUGGCAUCGAGACACUGGGAGCCCUGCUGCAGAAGCUUCCUGUCGGUCACGUGGAUGUCAGUGUCCUGGUGGCUAUGCAGCUGCUGAUAGAGCAGGUGACUUACGAGAAGAAUCAAGCUCUGCUGCAGCAACUUCACACACAUCUCCUGUUCAACUUCAACAUCUGGAAUAAAGGCGACUUCCCUUUACGAAUAGGUCACAUACAGUAUGUGAGCACUGUCAUCAAAGACAACAGGAAGCAGUUCCGCAAGAAAUAUGGAGUACGAUUCCUUUUGGACACCAUUCGCCUCUAUUAUGGGAAAAACACUAAUAAAGACGGCGACCUGAGUGAGGAUGACAUUCGGACCAUCCGCACGUCUCUCUACGGGCUCAUCAAGUACUACAUCGGCAAGGGCAUGUCCCAGGAAGAGAUGCAAAGCAUUGUGGGAUAUAUCUCCGCCAUCGGGGAUGAGGAUCAGAUUUGUGGGCUGUUGGAGAUGUUACUCAGCCUGCUUCAGAGUAGUCCAUGCAGGGACCAGCUCUUCCUGCUCCUCUUUGAGCCCGGAGCAGCCGACUCUUUUUACGCCCUGCUUCUCAACAGCAAAUACACAGACCGCCUCAGGGAACUUGUAUUCAAGCUGUUUGAGCGCAUGUUGCGAUGUGACCGUGUCUAUGAGAAAAACAAGCAGCGUUUGAGGCUGAGGGAGGCGGGUUACAGUGGCCUGUCGCUGAUCUUCUCCGAUCUUCACAUAACUCCAACGCUCGUUCGCUGUGUCCUCAACCAGGUCCUCCAUACAGAUCAUGUGGUGCACUACAAGGACUUGAUGGCAUUGGUUCAGUUAACUCAUCGAUCAGGACCCAGCGUAAGGCUCAUUGUCUGCAAAAGGGUGUACCAGUUGCUACAGUCCCAAGAAGAAGCUGCUUUCCAGAUCUCAAAGCAGCAGUGUUGGCAGGACACGCUGACUAAACUUUACUUGCGGGGCGAAGGCUCGUCCCAAUCCCGAAAUGCCGACACAGUCAGCAACUGCAGCCUGGACGUGAACCGGCCCGGUGGGAGUAUAAAUAACCGCCUAGAGUUGCCACUAGAUCGUAGAACGAGGGCGGGCAGCGCCGGCCGCUUGGACCGCCCGGACGACGACUGGCUCAGCAUGGGCGACACUCGCUCCGUGGACAGCCUGGACAACAGCGAUGUCAUUUCACUGCUGGACACUCCCUCUUCCUCCGCUUCCACCGAGCCACAAGCCCAAGUCAAGCCCUGGGUGGUGGGGAAAUCCGGGGGUUUAACCCUGGAUCUGUCUCACCUGCAAACCUAUGAGGGCUUGGACAGUGGCAGCCAGACACCUGGCAGCGGGCCCAGCACGCCUUCACCAAUUGAGACCUCCAAACCUUUUCCAACGAAUUCGGGGAGUUUGGACGCAAACGCCUCCCUUGCUGAAGACACCUUCCUCUUCAGUGACAACCUCUCACUGGGGGAGUCCUACAAUACCACAGAGCGAGCUGAGGACGAACUGUGCAGCAUGUUGCUGGAGAUCCUGCUGUGUGUGAUGUGGCGUGGAGUUGAAGGUUCCGACGAUUCGGCCUGGCUGGAGCGCGGCCAAGUCUUUUCCGCUCUCACCAAGCUGGGGACAGCCAACGAGCUGCUGCUUCCUGUCGACCAAAUCAAACUCAGUCUUCUGGAGCGAAUGUUGGAAUGGGCGGUGAGCGACAACCGCGAGGCGUCCGCCGCCACGUUGCCUCAACACACGGAGAACGCGGUGCGUCUGCUUCACAUGGUACAAGACUUCCUGCAAGCUGAGGGCCUGAUCAACCCAGCGCUGUGGACCGAGAAGGUGCUGGAGGAGUCUGUGACGCUGAUGGACUGCCUCAUGGUGUGGUACUCUGCUGGUACCCAGUGGUUCCAGCUCUCCCAAGUUGGACUGAGACUGAUGCUGGGCUUCAUGGCUCAAGAAGGCUCCGAGGUGUGUGCAAUCGCCACUGCCAAGCUCAAUUUCAUCCUACAAAUGAAGGAGGUGUCCAGCCAGGACGAGGCCUGCUACCUGUUGGGCAAGGUGGAGGGCAUCCUUCGGCCUGCUAUCCAGGAGAACGCAGAGGAAACGUACACCUUCCUGGUUCCUCUGUUGCGAACACUCCUCUCCAAAGUUCAUCGCGUCCUUUAUAUGGAUCUGCACCUUCCCCAAUUGCCCGAUACCAAUGGCAGUCCCUCUUUCUUCGAGGACUUCCAAUUAUACUGCAACUCCCCCGAGUGGCGCGUCUACCUGGACAAAUAUAUCAUUCCGUACAUGAAGCAGUAUGAAAUUGAGACCUUUAGUCAGGGCCACGAGACCAUGGCCCUCUACUGGAAGGAGUGCUAUGAGUCCUUCAUGGUCAGUCUGCAUAAGAGAGAGCGGGAGCGAGGGGAGAGCAAAAUCCGCUUCCAGGAACAGUUUGUCGAGCCUUUCUCCCGUCGAAGUCGUCAAGAGAACCUGAGGUACAACAGCAUGUUGAAGCAGCAGCAUAGCCAGAACAGCGCCUCUCUCAGGCAGUGGAAGGCAGCUCGGCGAGGCUUUAUUUGUGAACGGGGACCUUGGGCUGAAAGGCAGCAGGAUAAGAUGCGCUGGAAGCUAUCCAGCGCUGAGAACUUCUCCCGCAUGAGGCUGAAGCUGGUCCGGAAUUACAACUUUGACCCUCACAAGGAGGCCAGCGCUCUGCGGGACAACUUCGGUGUCCAACAGCAGUUGGUAAACCCAGAAUCGCUGCUGCUGGAGGCUGUGAAGCAGGUCAAGGUGACCAACUUGGAAGAUGACGUCUUGGAACUGCCUGAGGACGACCCCGCUGCAGCCAUCAACCCGCUGGAAGCAGAGGAGGCGGGUCAGAAGGAGAAACUAGUGUUGGGGGAAGACUGUGAGCUGGUGACGGUGGUUGACGUGGUACCCGGUCGCUUGGAGAUAACCACCCAACAUAUCUACUUCUAUGACGGCAGCCAAGAGAAGGAUGAAGGUGUUGGACACGACUUCAAAUGGCCUCUGAGCCAGAUCCGUGAGGUCCACCUGCGGCGAUACAACCUGCGACGCUCCGCUUUGGAAAUCUUCCUCAUCGACCAAACCAACUAUUUUCUCAACUUCAAGAAAGAGGCAAGAAAUAAGGUGUAUAACCGAAUGUUGGUGCUGCGAUCCCUCAGUCUGUUCGGAACACGGUCUCCACAGGAGAUCCUGAAGGCCUCCGGACUUACACAGAAAUGGGUGAAUCGGGAGAUUUCCAACUUUGACUACCUGAUGCAACUCAACACAAUUGCGGGCAGAACGUACAACGACCUGGCACAGUACCCAGUGUUUCCCUGGGUUCUGGCUGACUACACGUCAGAAAAGCUGGACCUUUCGGAUCCACGGGUGUUCAGGGACUUGUCAAAGCCAGUGGCGGUACAGAACAACCGCAACGCCAAAGCAGUUCGAGAAAGGUAUGACAGCUUUGAGGACCCAACCGGCACCACAGACAAGUUCCAUUACGGCACCCACUAUUCCAGCGCCGCCGGGGUGAUGCACUACCUCAUCCGAGUGGAGCCCUUCACCUCCCUGCACAUCCAGCUGCAGAGCGGACGGUUCGACUGUGCCGACCGCCAGUUCCACUCCAUUCCGGCAACAUGGCAGACCCUCAUGGACAACCCCAAUGAUGUCAAGGAGCUCAUCCCGGAGUUCUUUUACUUCCCCGAGUUUCUUGAGAACCAUAAUGGCUUUGACCUCGGUCGCAGGCAGAUAACCAAAGAAAGAAUAAAUGAUGUCAUUCUGCCAAAAUGGGCCACGUCUCCUGAGGACUUUAUCUGCAAACACCGCAAAGCCCUGGAAUCUGAGCACGUGUCAGCGCACCUUAACGAAUGGAUCGACCUGAUCUUUGGUUACAAGCAGAGAGGUCCUGCAGCAGUGGAGGCCCUCAACGUCUUCUACUACUGCACAUAUGAGGGGGCAGUGGACCUCGACGCCAUAACUGAUGAAAAGGAACGAAAAGCCCUGGAAGGCAUGAUCAGACACUUUGGGCAGACACCAUGCCAGCUUCUCAAGGAGCCCCAUCCAGUACGUCUCUCUCAAGAGGAAGUGGAGAAGAGGAAGGCCCAGCUGGACUCGUGUUCUCUAAGCAUGUUUGAAAACCUCAGCGACCUAAAGUCCUUCUUUGUUGAGGGCAUUAGUGACAAUGCUCCACUUGUUAAAGCUGUUGUUCCAAAGAAUCAGUCACACUCCUUCAUCAGUCAAGGCAGCCCAGACACUCUGGUGACCGUAAGUCGGAACUGUCUGUUCGGGACCCACGGGUGGCUGCCUUACAACAGGAACAUCUCCAACUACUUCACCUUCAUUAAGGACCCCACAGUGUCCAACACCAAGACGCAGCGUUUCCUGUCCGGACCCUUGGCCCCUGGCGUGGAGGUAACAACGAGCCUGUUUGUAAUCUCGCAUGACGGAAAGUUGCUCUUCAGCGGUGGCCACUGGGACAACAGCCUCCGGGUCACAUCGCUUGUCAAGGGCAAGACUGUGGGGCAACAUAUUCGUCACAUGGAUAUUGUAACCUGCCUGGCAACAGACCACUGCGGCAUCCACCUGAUGUCAGGAUCCAAGGACACAACCUGCAUGGUGUGGCAUGUUCUGCAGCAGGGCGCCACUCCUGUCGGCCUGCAUCCCAAACCUGUUCAAGUGUUGCACGGCCACACGGACGAGGUGGUCAGCGUCAGUAUCAGCACAGAGCUGGACAUGGCCGUGUCCGGAUCACGGAACGGGGUCGUGAUCAUCCACACGGUGCGCAAAGGUCAGUAUGUGCGUUGCUUGCGGCCGCCGUGCGACAGCUCCUUGCCGCUCUCCGUCCUGCACCUGGCUGUGUCUUGGGAGGGCCACUUGCUGGUCCACACCUGCCUGGAGGGCAAGGCAACGCUCAAGGAUAAAAACGCCCUCCACCUUUACUCUGUGAAUGGAAAACCACUUUGCCGGGAGCCUCUGAAGGAGCAGAUGACGGACAUGUGCGUGUCUGGGGAGUUUGUGGUCAUUGGCAGCGAGGAGGGCUACCUGUCCAUUAGAGACCUGUACAGUCUGUCUCUGCGUGGGGAGCCCAUGGCCAUGCGGGUCCCCGUGCGCUGCGUGUCCGUCACCAAGGAGCAGAGUCACGUCCUGGCGGGCCUGCAGGACGGCAAGCUGAUCAUCGUGGGCGUGGGCAAGCCGGCCGAGGUAAAGAACUCUCUGAGGAACUACAUCGCUCAGAGCCUGGAGGGAUCGCCGCUCAUGGCCUCCCCCUUGUUGGCUCCACUCCGAGCUCGCUCUCCAACGCGGCUGCUGCACCAGCGGGACCAGCUGGUGUUCAGCUCCACUAAUGUUAUCCAGAAACCCUAGCAGCUCUCUUCAACCCUCAUCUAAAAGCUCCUUGUACUUGGACUCCUUAGGCGUUGACCUUUCAUGCUUAUUACCAAACGCAGUUUAUAACUAGGGGUGUCCCAAUCCGAUAUUGACAACGGGCAAAUAUCAGCAAAAAAACAAGUACAAUCCUGAUACAAGCAGUCCUGCAUUGUUUACUUGUGCAAAUCUAUUUUAGGCAAUUAUUUUUUAAUCCUGGCCACAAAUUUAGAGAAAAAAAAUGUGUCUGGUGGCCGGUACAUCUAUUUUUAGGACCUCUAAUACAAAACCUCACAAUAAUGUCUGAUUGAAUGCUAAAAACGUUAUGACAGACCGUCUAAAAAAACGGAAAGGAAUUUUCCUGUUUAUUCGUGAAUGAGACACCAAGAAUGUAGAUG